UUUUAAUUUUAGGUUAUGUUUUUCAUGCUGUUGUUUUUGUUGGAGGAUGCUUUUGCUUCUUAUGUUUACUUUUACAUCAAAGAUUUUUGAUAUAAUAGGGCAUGUCCAUGUGACGUCACAAAUGAGUUUGACAGUCGCCCUGAGGUAAAACAAAUCAUUUAUUUACAUUCGUUUAGAUUAGGCCAGUUAUGUUUUAUGCGGUUUUCACAGCUUUUUCACAAGUUUUGGUGUUAUUUUGUUUUAAAAAAGUUAGAGCGGAGUGUUUGUGUUCCAGUCUAUGUGGUCUUUCAUCUAAAACUUUGCUAGGUUUUUCUAUAAUGGAUUAAAUUCAGGUUUUUUCCAACAAAUAUCAAAACCAAGUGGCACAAGAACAAAUAUAUAAGUAUAGUUACUCUAUAUUCAAUCUAUUAUUCUGUCAGAUCUUCUCUUUUAACAACAUAAAUCAAUUUUUCUCUUCUUUCUUAAGCUAACAAAUCAAACCUCCCAUUGUUAUUUAAAAUUGAUGGAAACCUAUGGAAGGAUAUUGUAUCCAUUGCGUUAUACUGCCACAAAUAACAACUAACAAACUCUAGGCAUGUCCAAGAAACUUCUGGAGCACACAAAAGGCGAAUGUCAAUAGUGUCAAACUGUCAGAUCCUGUACUUGUUGCCCUAUUGCGUGGAAAGGUUUGAAUGAAAAUGAAUUUUUCGAGGCAAGAAUGGAACGAAAACAUCAAAAUUGACGUAUUGGAAUUCCUUAAAACCUCAAAGAAGUACAAAACUGAUAAAUAUUGCAAUAAAGAAGAACACAACAGGUUGAUGGGUUUUUUUCCAUUGAGUGAAGAAUUGAAGAAAGAUCUAGAAAACUACAUCGAACAAAAAGUAUGUAUUGACAUCACUGGUGAUGUUGAAGUUGUUCUUAAUCCAAAUUCAACUUAUGAAACUCCAAGUCUGAAAACUGAAAAUCCUUUUUUAACAUCCUUCAGCGAUUCCAAUAAGACUUCCUUAAAUGAGCUCCUAGAAACAAUAAAAAUGAGUUUAAAAGUUAACCAAACAGUACCCGAAACUGUAUUAGAUGAAUUGUUGAAUGUAAAUGAUGUAGAUUUGGAGAGAAGCUUCAACUAUUUUGUCAAAGAGUUUUCCUUGGAAGAUACACAAAACUUCUGGAAUUCACUUAAAGACAUUCACAUCUGCUCUGAUUUGUUUGUUAAAUAUUAUAUAAAUAUUUUAUUUUUGCCAAAGGCAAAACAAGAAUUCAGUUACCAUUCCCAAGAAAUACUUUCAAAGUUAUUUCAAAAGUAUUGUGAUAUUCUAAAGACUGCAUUAGUUAAGGAACUUGCCCAGGCCAAUAAUUGUAAUGAAAUUUUGCUGCAGUAUGUUUCUACAUUAAGUAAUGAUGAAAAGAGACUCAUUUUGAGGGAUUUCACAAACAUGGACAAACUACAGUCUCAGCAUAUACCGAUAUUAGAAUCCUUAUUAAAGUAUGAAGCCGAUCCAGUUUUUCUGAUAAAACUGCUAGAAAGUAUGGCGUCUGUCGCAACAGAAUUUACUAUGGAUAAUUCUUAUGGGAAAUUAUUAUUCAAGAUUAUCAAUUUGCUUGACAGAAAUGUCUCAGGACUGGAACAGCCCUUGAGACGCAUAUUGGGUUGCCAUAGGAGCAUUUGGAGAAUAAAGGUGGAAAAAGUGACUCUCAGUUGGUUUAAUGACACCUUAACGCAAAGUUUUAUUUGAAAGUUAUUGGAACCAUUUCACAAGACGGAAGUGUCUAGGAGGGAAGAUUCAGAAAACUUUUACUUUUGCUAGGUCAUAAGUCACCAUUUAGGCAAAAAGGAAAAAUAAGUGAAAAUAUGUCGUUAUUAUCAUUCAGGGGGAAUAUAUUUGAAAUUGUUGAAACUUUAGAAGUUUUUUUUUUCAAACAUGUUCUAAAUGCUAUAGUAAUGGAACGAUUAUUGAUACCAAUAGAAUCAAAGUUGUGAUUAUGUGAAUACAAAUUAAAAAUGCCUCAAGAAAACACUGGGACUUUUUUUUUCAAGUAGCAAAUAAGAAUUAUAUUUGCAUUAGUGUAAAUAGGCCAUUCAAUAUAGCAUUUGAAAUUACAGUAGAACCCAGAUUACCCGAAUCACAAUUGUGAGAGGAAAAAAACAAACUAAAAAUCAAAAAUUAGGCUGUAUCAAAUCCAGAGCUGGGCAGUAGCUAGCUACCAAGUAGUUAAGCUACUAGCUUAGCUACUUCUUUGGUAGCUAAUAACUUAUUCAAGCUACUUUGAAAAAAAAAUAGCUUGUAGCUGUAGCUUUUGGUAAUGUGUUUCAAGUAUUCAUAAGCUACUGUGAAAAGUAACUAGCUACUAAAACAAGUUACUUAAGCUACUUUUGGUAGAUAGUUAAUAGUUAUUUCAUAGUCCCAGUCCAAUAUUGUUCGGUAGCGGUAGACACACACGUUUAUAAAUAAGAA